AAAGGAUUCGGUUGCUUAGCAACAGCUGGUAACAGUGACGCCUGAGGUCCAACAGAAUUAGAAACAGAAACUGUCUGCACACUGCUGAUAAGAAACAUGAGUAUGAUAUAUGACACAAAAACACCAAGAGUAAUUGAUGAGGAAAUGCUGCAGAAGGCAGUUGAGGAACAGGGACCUCAAGGACAGGCUGGCCGUAUUGCCAAAGAAGAGGGCAUCGAGUAUGAUGAAGUGCAUCAACUGCGACUGGAUUACAGAAGAAUUUUAAAGAUUGAACACAUAUGGCAGUUCACUUCUAUAACCAAGCUUCAACUUGAUAAUAACAUAAUUGAUAAGAUUCAAGGAUUAGAGAAGCUAACUAACCUGGUAUGGCUCGACUUGUCUUUUAAUAAGAUCGAGGUAAUCGAGGGUUUGGAUACGCUUGUGAAACUUCAGGACCUGAGUUUGUUUAGCAAUCGCAUUUCUGUUAUUGAGAACAUGAAUGCAUUGCAAAACUUGGAGAUCCUUUCACUUGGUAACAAUUUAAUCUACCAGCUUGACAAUGUAACAUACCUACGAAAAUGUAAGAACCUGCGUACACUAAACCUUGAUGGAAAUCCAGUCAGCAAAGAGGAAAACUACAAGGUGUUCAUAGCUGCAUACCUGUCAGACCUGGUGUACCUUGACUUCAGGCUGCUAGAUCAGCAAACUCGAGAAAAAGCAUCUGUGCAGUAUCAGUAUGCGAUUGAGGAAAUAAAACAUAAUGAACUGCAGGAGCACAAGGCAACAGAGGCUCAGAAAAUAACUGAACAGGAACUCCAGCUACAUAAGGAUGCGUUUGUGGAGUAUUUAAACGGACCGUAUCUGUUUGACAGCAUGUAUGCAGAUGACGCUGAUGCAUCUAAUUUGGCAUACCUCCCUGAAGUGGCUACACUAGUUGAAUCAUAUCAGACCCAGCUGGUGCCGUUAUGUAUCCAGAUUUUUGACGCAGGUCUAACUCACCAUACACAAUGGCAGAAUGAGGUGGAUUGCUUCUACGGCUGUUUCCGAGAGGCGGUGGCUGACACUCAGCAGAGAGCUGCUCAGAUCGCAGCUGACUUUGAGAGCUCCAGAAAACAGAUGAUGGGACAGAUGCAGAAGACAACUGACAAAAGGCUGUUGGAGGACCAAAUUAGUGACUAUAGAAAAGAGGUCACACAGAUUUCUGAGACACUCAUGACUCUGGAGUUGCAACUGGUCGACCAGUUAGAGGAAAUAAUCAAAGACUUUGAAAGAAACAUGUCAGAGAUGGUCGGAGGCUUCAUCGAACAUGUUCAAGGGAUAUUUGCACAAUGUCGAGAUCUGGAGAACCAGCACCAUGAAAAGCUGCUUGAAAUUGCUAUGGCGACACUGGAGAGGAUGGCAAAGAAUGAGCUGGAGCAGAGUUUUCCUGAUGAAGUGAGCUUGCUUUUUGUAGACAAGGACACAAUGACCAAUGCUGUCAGCGCCUCACAUGACACACACCUGCUAAAAAUCGACAACAGAGAGGAUGAACUUGUGACCCGGAUUAAUGGCUGGAUGAUUGCACUCAUGAAGUCGAUACAUGAAGAGGAGGUCAAGCGGAAUCACUCACGCAUCUCAGAAAUUCAUAACUACCUCCAUCAUGUGUUGGACCAGCUAAAUAAGAUCCAUGAGCACCAACAGUAGUUGGACAGAAUGGAGACAUUACACUCAUGAACAUUGAACUUUUAAACAUAGAUAAUAUUCUAAUCUUUAAAUAUUUUGUUUUUAAAAUUAAACAUUUUUAAUUUUAAACCUUUAAACAGGUUUGACGUUUGUAGUUUGUAGCUUUUGUCGUGAAAUUCUGCCACCUACAGGAACAGACAAGUAUUGCAGGAGCCAAAAAGUUGGAUCUAGAAAUUUCUCAGGGUUUGUGUACCUGUGGCAUAGAGGCUACUGUGGUAAAGUUACACAAAAUUCAAUUAAUUUGACGUUAGCCUAACAUUCUUCUUUCAGUAAGCAACCAGAAAUGAAUACAAUUACAUGAACACACUAUGCAGUAAACAAUGCAAGGCUCAUCUUUGGGGAUUGGGUAAAAAAUGGAUCUAAUAAAGUUGUAGUAAAACGUU